AUGGAGUGGAGCUGCCUGGCGCUGUCCGCGGUGCACUGCGCCGUGUUCCUGCUGGUGCCGGAGUCGCCCGCGUACCUGGCGGCCGCCGGCAGGGAGGACGAGGCGCGCGCGGCGCUGGCGUGGCUGCGCGGGCUGCGGCCGGACGCGGCGGCGCUGCAGCACGAGCUGCGCGCGCUGCCGGCGCCUGACCAGCCCCUCGCCUCGCUGUACAGCCUCACCAAACGUUUCUUGAGCGAGCGGGGGCGGCGGCGCACGUUCUGGCUGGUGCUGGCGGCGGUGGUGGGGCAGGAGGCGUGCGGCGUGCUGGCGCUGCUGCAGUACGCCGAGCGAGUGUUCCUGCUGGCCGACCCGCGCGCCAGCCCCGCGCGCCUCGCGCUGCUGCUGGGCGCCGCGCAGCUGCUGGCCUCUGUGCUGGCGCUGUACCUCGUGGAGAAACUUGGCAGAAAGAAACUGAUGGUGUGGUGCGGGGUGGCGACGAGCGCGUGCCUGUGUGGGGGCGCGGCCGCGCUGUGGGGGGGCGCGACGGGCUGGUGGGCGGGAGGCGCGCUGGCCGGCGCCGUGUUCGCGGACUCGGCGGGGCUGCAGCCCGCGGCGUACGCCAUGUUGGCGGACGCGUUCGAGUACGAGUUCCGCGGCUGCGCGGUGCUGCUGGUGAGCGUGGCGGCGUGUGCGGCCAACGUGGCGGACGUGGUGGUGUUCCCGCUGGUGGCGCGCGGCGCGGGGCUGGCGGCGGCGCUGGCGCUGGCGGCGGCGCUGACGCUGGCGCUGGCCGGGUUCGCGGCGCUGGCGCUGCCCGAGACCCGCGCGCGCUCCCCGCGGGAGAUAUACGCCGCGGUGUGCCCGCCGCGCGCUGCUCUCCAGUCGGUGGCGAGCAGUGCGUGUACUAAACUGUGCUGCCGGUGGUACGGCGGCGGCCGAUCGAUGGCGGCGUGUUGUGACCGCGUCGCCAUGGCAACCGGCGCCACGGCUGCACGCUCCUGCCCGUACUGCUGCACGGCCACUCACUGCAGCUCUACGUGCGGUGCCCGGCCUGCACGGUACACGGAGCGCGUCGCUAUACUCUACUGGAGAUCCCAAAGUAUGGGUCUGCUGGACAAGCUGUCGGUGUGGCUGGGCCGCGGGCGCACGGACGUGACGGUGCUGGUGCUGGGGCUGGACAACAGCGGCAAGACCACGCUGCUGGCCGCGCUGCGCCCGCCCGACCCGCGCCCCCACGACCCGCGCCCCCACGCCGCGCCCACCGUCGGACACUCCGUCGACCACUUCACCAGUGGCGGCGUGUCGUUCAGCGCGUGGGACGUGUCGGGCGCGGCGCGGCACCGCGCGCUGUGGGAGCGCCACUACCGCGCCGCGCACGCUAUCAUCUUCGUCGUGGACUCCGCCGACCAUCUGCGCCUCGUGGUGGCCCGCGAGGAGCUGGAGCUGCUGGUGUCGCACCCCGACAUGUGCGGCCGCCGCCUGCCGCUGCUGGUGCUGGCCAACAAGAGCGACGCGCCGCACGCGCUCGCGCCCAUGCAGGUCGCCGCCGCGCUGGGCCUGGAGCGCAUCACGGACAAGCCGUGGCACAUCUGCGCGUCGUGCGCGCUGUCGGGCGCCGGGCUGGCGGACGGCGUGGCGUGGCUGGCGCGACAGGUGCGGGACGCGCACCUGCCCGUCACGCACUCCUAGCGCCCGGCACUCCCACACCCGCGGCUGUAUACUGCUCUACACCCACUACUUGCCAGUGGACAUUCAGUCUUAGCUAUAUAACUACUUGAGAUUGGUAAGAUGAGGUUACUCUACUAUUAGCAACAAAGUGCUGUGGAAAGGUGAGCUAUGAACGAAACAUGUUAUUGUUAUUACCUACAAAUACUUAUUAUUAAAACAUUACUACUAGUGGUUGAAUGUUUAAAUGAGAGGACGGGGUGUCCUGAAUACAGCCGCAAUUAGUUCGCGUGAAGGAUAACAUCGGCUGGCAGCAGCGCGGGGUGACUGUCUGCCGGGACGAGGACUGUCGCAGGUUGGCGUGGCGUCGCCGACACACUUACAUACUAGUACCAGUGGUACAUACACAUUGCAUUGUGAGUAGCUAUGUGUGUAUGUAUGUAUACAUCGACCGAAUUGUUUGGAUAAAUGUGUAAUCUGUGUAUUAUGUCACACCCCAUGCUGGCCUGCUACAAUGUAUAGUGUGUCGUAUAUCUAUCGUGUGUCGAUCAGUAUGGAUGUGUCAGCAGUGACCGCCGCCGCGUGGAGUGGUGCAGGCUGUCCGGGGGACAUUGUUAAGCUUUGUGAAUGUUACUUGUUGUAUAAAUGUUGGGCACGUUGUGCUGCGGUACGUGGUGCGGCCAAAGAAGUGGACAAUAUUAUCUCGUUACUACUUUACAUUAACGCACUCCUACAAAGUUUACUCACGACCUGUUCGUACUCAACCGGUAACGUGUAAUAUAAUGUAUUAUAAUAAAAUAUCUGUUCCUA